AUGUCAGUCAUAACGUUAUCGGCUUGUCAGAGUAACGACGCCAUCCUAAGGAAUGACUUCGAGGGACCUCACGAAGACGGCUCGUAUAAAUGGGCGAUACAAACAGAAGGUGGAAUAUUUCACGAACAGCGAGGAUCGUUUAAAGGCAGCCCAGAACCCAGUCUCCUGGUGGAAGGACAGUACCAGUAUACCGCACCAGAUGGACAGGUCAUCAACCUUCUCUACACCGCUGACGAGAACGGCUUCCAUCCAACGGGAAAUCAUUUACCAACCCCUCCGCCCAUCCCCCCUCAGAUACAACGCGCCUUGGAUUAUAUAGCUUCAUUACCACCGAGAGACUACUAA